CUAGGUACGAUAUGUACUAAUUCAAUCAAUCAAGAGCGUGCAAGUGGCAACUGUGGCAAGUGCAAGCUGUGCAAGCUGCAAGGUGAGUGUAAUAUAGCGUCGGCUGGCGGCAGAGGGGAAAACAGCAUUGGAGAUUGGAGGAAGUUCUGCUGACAGGACUCUUCUGGACAUCAGUUUGGAUAAACACGUGGUAAUUGUUCAAUGCGGUGUGCACCAGUGCAUCGACUUUUUUCUCUGUAACAAUUACUGACGUUCACAUUCAUAUACCUCCUCAUCAAUAUGAAAGACGAGGUUAAUUUGUUUCAAGGUGAGAAUAAAAUGUCCCGGAGGAAGUUUCCUGUUGACAAGGCAAAGCUUGAAAGAUAUGAUUUGGGUGGAGGAGUGGACCUUAAAAAAGGGAUAAAAAAUAAAAUUCAUAGACAAAGGUUACGGCAAAAGGAAAAGAUGAUCCAGACUAUGGCUGAACAAGCUGCAAGAACUGAAAUGUUGCUAACCGAAGACUAUGGUUUUUUGGAAAAUGAUCCAGGAGAAACAACGACUCAAUUCAAACAAAAUGAUAUUGUAUCUAGUACCGAUAUUACAAGUGUAGCUAAGCAUUUUCAGUUGAACUUGGAAUUUGGGCCAUAUUGGUUAAGAUAUUCUCGCAACGGUAGACACCUUGUGGUUGGUGGUAAAAAGGGACAUGUGGCAGCCUUUGACUGGGUCACAAAAAAAUUAGCAUGUGAAAUGAAUGUUUUAGAAACUGUUCACGAUGUUUGCUGGUUACACAUUGAAACAAUGUUUGCAGUGGCUCAAAAAGAAUGGGUCUAUAUUUACGAUAAUCAGGGAAUAGAACUUCAUUGCUUAAAGAGAAUGAAUCAAACCACACACUUGGAAUUUUUACCCUAUCACUUUCUAUUAGCUUCCUCGUCAGCACUUGGUGGUCUAACAUGGCUGGAUGUGUCCAUUGGAAAAAUAAUAUCUCGAUACAACUCAAAAACAGGAAAAAUUGAUGUAAUGACGCAAAAUCCCAGUAAUGCAUUACUAUGCAUUGGUGAUUCAAAGGGCGUGGUGUCAAUGUGGUCACCCAAUUCAGAUCAGCCAUUGGCCAAAAUGCUUUGUCACAAUCAAGCAAUAAGUGCUUGUGCCGUUCAUCCUUAUGGUACAUACAUGGCAACAAGUGCUCCUAAUCGUUCACUCAAAGUAUGGGACAUUAGGCAACUGUCAGGACCAGUUCACAAUACAAUUUUGCGAUCUCCAGCACAACACUUGUCUUACAGUCAACGAGGUUUGCUAGCAAUAGGAAUGGGCAAUGUCGUUGAAGUGUUCAGUGACAAAGGCAACGAAUUCAAAGCUUAUACCCGACACAAAACGAACUGGGCCAUAUCGAAUUUACAAUUUUGCCCUUACGAGGAUGUCCUAGGAUUUGGUACUGUCAAAGGAUUAUCAUCGAUUUUAGUACCGGGGAGCGGAGAAGCUAACAUUGAUGCGUUCGAAUCUAAUCCAUAUCAGACUAAAAAACAAAGAAAAGAAGCUGAAGUUAAGGCACUUCUUGAUAAAAUUCCGUCUGAUCUCAUUAAUUUGGACACCACUACGAUAGCAGAAAUAGAUGUGCCCACGCUUAAGGAGAAAGUUGAAGCUAAAAAGAAAUUACUUUUCGUAAAGCCAAAGAAGAUAGACUUCAAGCCGCGAAGAACGAAAGCUAAGGGAAGAGGUGGUACUGCCAAAGUUGUUAAGUCUAAAAAGGCCCUUAAAGAACAAGCUAAAAGAGAAUUUAUUCAACAAAUGCGCGAGUCCAACGUUUAUGUGGAUGGAUUCACACCAUCGGUCAAGGAGCCAAAACCUGUAAAGUCUUUCGGAGUUGCUCUUGACCGAUUUGUUCGUAAACCAAAAACAGGAUCUAUGAAAGAAAAAAGAGAAAUGACAAAGGAAAAAGUAGCUAUGAAAAAGAAAUUACCAAUCAACGUUACUUAAACGAUUUGUUAUGUACAAAAAAUACAAAGUAACUUUUCUUCAUUAAUAUUACUGUCAUUACAGUUAAUAUUACUGUCAUUACAGUUAAUAUUACUGUACUCUUAUACAAAUAUAGUUUAAUAUUAUCUGGUAAUAUUUGAGCACAUGUUUGUGACGAUAUUUAUAAUCAUGAAGC